UCUCAGUUUAUUUCCAUUGCGAUUAGUUCUGUUCGUCGUCGCUAUGUGGACACUGAUCGCUUUAUUGCUUGGACUCGUGCAUGUCUCCUUUGCGUUGGUCUAUUUGUAUCUGACCUGGUUUCAUACUUAUUGGGAUAAACGAGGUCUAGUUACAGCCAAGCCAAUUACCCUCUUGGGCAGCUAUCCAGGCCUUUUUGGCGGUAGCACCACUUUCAUAGGAGAUUUGGGAAAGAUCUAUAACAAAUACAAAGGAAAACACCGAGCUGUGGGCGUAUUUUUGACACGACAACCUCAAAUUCUCGUGCUCGAUCCGGCACUGGCCCAUGAGGUCCUGGUAAAGAACUUUAGUGAUUUUCGAGAUACUGUGACCAGUAGUUAUGUGACGCAUUCCAAGGACUACGACAAGUAUGUAGCAAGGAAUCCCUUCUUUAGUGCAGGCGACGAAUGGAAGAAGCGUCGCACAGAUGGAGGAGCUGGUCUGACAUCAAAUAAAUUAAAGCAAGCUUAUGUCAUCUGGGAGCAAACUGGAAAGACGCUGCUCGACUAUAUUGGAAGGUCCAUCGAGGAGCGGGCAGACACUGUUAUCGAGACAAGAGAUCUGUGCUAUCGUUAUACAGCCCAAGCCAUGGGUGAUUUCAUCUGGGGCAUCGACGCGGGCUCCUUGAGUUGCGGCAUCAAUGAGACUAGCCAAUUUCAAAAGCUUACCACGGCCUGGGCCUACAAUGCUUUCCAGAACAUGAGGAAUUUCAACAAAACCGCCAUUGCUCCCAUUAUGCGUCGAAUGUUCAGAAUGCGUUUCUUUACCCAAGAAUCAAAUGAUAUAUAUCUGAAACUCACGCAAGAUGCUGCAAAACUGCGUCAAAGUGGCAGUGGCACCUCUCGCAAUGAUUACCUCUCCCAUUUGUUGCAAUUGCAACAGAAGGGUGCGACUGAUGAUGAUAUGGUGGGUCAUGCUCUAACCCUGCUCAUGGAUGGUUUUGAGACCUCCGGCGCUGUGCUCUAUCAUUUUCUCUACACGCUGGGCGAGUAUCAAGAGCAACAGGAAAAGUUGAGAGCUGAAAUCUUAAAUGCCCUAGAGACUGAUAAGAUAAUCACCUAUGAGCAGCUCAAUGCUCUACCUUAUCUCGAUCAGUGUGUUAAUGAAUCCAUGCGUUUGACCAGCGCAAUUGGUUUCUUUAUUAAAAUCUGCACAAAGCCCACAACUAUAGAUCUGGGUGAUGGAAAGAUUUUGAAUGUAGAGCCGGGCAUUACAGUGGCCAUUCCCACCUAUCACUUACAUCACGAUGAAGCUUUCUAUUCAGAUCCCAUGACGUUUAAGCCUGAACGCUUUGAUAAUGAUGCUGCCAGUGAAUUCACCAAGCGGGGUUGCCUUUUGCCUUUUGGCGAUGGUCCGCGUAUUUGUAUGGGCAUGCGUAUGGGACUAUUGAAUGUUAAAAUGGCUGUGGUGCAAAUAUUAUCGAAAUACAAAGUCGAGCAAACUACAAAGUUGCCUCUCAGCUCGGACUCAGGCCUUGGAAUCUUUUUGGAAGGUGAUGUUAAUUUGAAAUAUACCAAAUUAUAAUAAAUAAAGCACAACAUUUCAA